UGUUUCUGAUCCUCAUGCAGCCGCCGCCAUUUCAAAGAGUGAAGGGGCGACAGACGUCGUAGGGAUCUUUUGUACAUCUCUCUUUUUUUAAAUAUACAUCUAAUAUAUAUUUUUUUAUUUUUUACUAGCAAAUAGGAAAAUUAAAUUAUCAUAAUUUGAAUCUACCUCGCCUGCAUCACCAAAUGAAUAUGGAUGCAGACACAGAUGAGAAGAUGACAGAAACUUCAAAGACUUUCAAGGGUGAAUCUCGGAGAACUGUAACCGAAUACAAAUCCAGUGGUCGCGGGUUCAGAGGGCGUGGUCGAGGGGGCCGGAUGAAUCGUGGUGGCAUGCGUGGUGGGCGAGGAAUGAUGAAGGGAUUCGGUCCACCUGGACAUGGGAGGGGACGAGUGAGGGGUGGAGCCAUGAAUGGAUUUGCCCCCAUGAGGGGAAUGGGGCGGAUGUGUCCUUAUCCGAACCUUAGAGGUCAUCUAGGUAGGUGUGGACCAAUGGGUAUGGGCCCUCCUCCUCCACCUCCCCCUCCACCACCGCCUCCCAUGCACCUCAGAGGCCCCUUCCAACCCAUGCACAGGCAUGGACCUCCUCCUCCACCACCUCCUCCGGGUCAUCCUGGUUUCAGAGGACGACCACCUCACCCACGAGGCCGUGGCAUGCCGCCCCUUGGACCUCCACGCCACUUCCACCCGCGCGGCCCGAGAGGCUACCACAAUGGACCGGUCUCUCCUCCGCCUCACCCCCCACCUGGCAGAGGCCAGAGGUGGCCAGGGCCCCCUGGUGGCCGACGCUUUUAACACAGCCUGCCCAUAAAAAACAAUAAACAAAGUACACAAGCAGAGCCUAAAGUGGUGCAGUGAACGAAAUGCCCCUGAAUUGUGUGUUCUCCAAAGCCUCUGAGUAUCUUUAUGACAUAAUCUGUGGCCAAUUGUCUGGUUAUUGAUAUUGUCUACUGGCAAAGAAAUAAUGUGUAAUGGCUAAAGACAAAACCAGGACACACAAAAUGCCUCAAAACUUAAUGUAAAGGCAUUUUCACAUUCUGUUACCAAAAAAACCCUGUUGAUAUUGUAGGAAAUACUUGAGAUUGUUAAGAAAGGGACUGAUAAGAUUUAAUUAAAUGUUGUGUGGUUCUUGUAACAGUCACCCCCGUGAGCCUUAAGAAAAUGUCCUGAUUCUUAAUAAAGAUUUUUUUUUAAAUGGGUGACCAUGUAUAUUUGAAGGUGGGGGAAAUGAAAGAAGGCGUACACAGCAGCCCUCUAGCACCACUGUAAACUAGUUUCGUACAUCUUGGACCUCUUAACCUUCCCUUUUGUUACAUGGAAGUACUGUAGUUAUGUAUAAUAACCUCACAAAGCAGUGCAGCAGAUAUUGUUUAACACUGACACACUGACAAGUGAAAAGAUCACAGUAUUCAUGAGUAUUUAAUGAUUUAUUAUUUGAUAUCCUUAAUGUGCAGAUAUUUCAAGUUAUGACUAUUGCUGUUUGGAACAUUCAUGUUUGUCUCCAGCAGUCUAUUGAGGAGGAGAAGGCAUUAUAAAUGAAUAGUAUACUGAAAUACAUAUAUGUAGUAGUCUUUAUAAACGGAAGCACAUUCGAAAAGUAUUUGCUUCACUUAAGGAUAAGAAUUUACUCUUCUCUGUGUUUAGUUUUCUGAAGUGUUACAAAUACUUUAUUCACUGUACUUAACGUAACGUUUGUGAACCUGUGAAUGUGUUUUAUGAGAAUCGUCAGGACAUAUGACUUAAGCAGUGAAGAAAAAUAAAUAAUAAAACUAAAAAUAAACUCAACUUCUCUUUUUUUUUUGUUUAUUCCCAAAACAAGUCUGAGAGUUGUCAUUAAUAUUUUCCAACAUAUCUGAACAUUGCACACAAUUAUACAGAACUGUUAUAUAGAAGAAUGAGCCCCUAAUGAACAUAGCAGUUUAUAAGCAUUCAGUGGAUGUCAGUUAGUCAUUUCUGUCGGCUUGCUGAGGGCUGUAAUUAAUUGCAGACCAGAAAAGACAUAAUCUUUGAAUUUCAUCUCAUGGUGCAGAGUCCAAAAAUGUGAAAUUUUUAUCUGGCUGGAGGACUCUGAACCACUCCACUUGCUGGGGCAUUGAGAGGCUUGUGACUGAAGGUCAUGUCACUGCUAAAUUUCGGUGGUAGCAUGUCUAAAAGGAGGACAUCAUCUGCAAAGGAUAAGCACUCUGAUAUGACCAAGGACUGUCAUAUUUUCUGUCUGUUAUAUCAAGUCACUCAGUAAUUUUAAGCAGUCUUCAAAGGAGUUUUUUUUUUUACCCAUGUUCAUUCUUAUAAUUAAAUGUUCUUAUAUAAUUUGUCCUAUACUCCCACAUAUAUAUGUAAUCCUCAAGAAAAAUACAAUUGUAUUGCUGUACCUGUUGUCUUAAUAACAGCUACAACUACAAAAUUAAUGUUUUUACAAAGUACAGAUUUUAAGUCAUGUAAAUGCAUGUGGCAGUCUUUCCCUAAAGGCAAAAAAAAACAUCUAUUCUUUUUACUGCCUCUUGGAAGAACUACUGGCACACACAAGGAGUCAACAUUAUUUCUGAAAGAAAGAGCAUUUUAUUUUGUCGAGUUACUCAGAUGCUGCAGAUGCCAAAGUCAUUCCAUUUAGCAAAUGAGCCACAGACAGGUGUUGCACUCUCCUCUCCCCUCUGUCUGUCUUUUUCCAUCUCUUCAGCACUCUUUCAGUACAUUUUGCUGGCUCCUCGGUCUCUGCAGUCCCUUUUUCUUCUUCUUUCUCCCUUUCGUUGAUUGUAACUGCUGUUGUCUC